CGGCCAAUGGGAGCUGCGGGGGCGGGGCCUGCGGGCGGAAGUCGCUGCGGCGCGCAGAGCCACCUGGCCUUUCCUCCGCCUAGGACCCAGAGGGGGACCCCGCCGGUGCGGGGGGAGCCGCGCGAGGUGCGAGCCCCAGCCUCUCCCCUGUCCGAGUCUCUCCCCCGGCACAGGGGCAGGCGGCCCCGCAGCGGGUGCUGCUCACGCUGACUCGGCAGCGAGGGAGCUGCUGGCACGGCUCCGUGAGCGAAGAGAAAGUGGUGGAGGGACCAGGGCAUGAAGCCGCCGCUGAGGGGACUUGUGGCGCCCUCACUGUGCUCGGAGAGGAAGAGUCUCCCAGCCCGCUACCCGUACCAGUCUCCAUCCAGGACAUUCAGCUGGAAGGGGGCAGGACUGCUGCGAUUCCUGCCUAAUCCUCAGGGCCGCGCAAGGUGCUGAGGGUGGGGCCUGUGGCUGAGGGGCAGGAGCCAUUGUGGGGGCUGAGGUUUGCGCUGCCCGCUCGGGAGGAGGGAGGUGUGAGGGCUGGGCCUGGCCUGGUGCUGCCCUAGGAAGGGGGUGCCCAUAGCAGCCUUGGGCCUGGUUCUCGCCUCGGCCUCCGAGGAGGCGUCGGUGUCUCUCCCUGCCACGAUGAAGCUGCUGCGGCUCCUGUGUCGCCACAAGACAGCGCUGGGCCUGGGUGGCCUGGCGCUCUUCGCUGUAGUCCUGCUCUACCUGGCCAAGUGCACCUCAGAGAGCCUCAGGCCCUUGCCAGGUCGGGGUCUGCCCCACAACCAGGCACUGCAGCCGCCCCGCGGUGGAGUGGGAGCCGGGCCGCCCCUACUGGCAGCCCCGCUGCCCCCUGAGGAGACGGCUUUCCUGGCUGUCCUCAUCGCCAGCGGCCCCAAGUAUACAGAGCGCCGCAGCAUCAUCCGCAGCACCUGGCUCUCGAUGGCUGGCCGGCCCCCUCAGGACGACAUCUGGUGUCGUUUCGUGAUUGGCACAGGCAGCCUGGCUGGGGAGGAGCUUCACAGCUUAGAGUUGGAGCAGAGCCGUCAUCGGGACCUGCUGUUGCUGCCUGAGCUUCGUGAUUCCUAUGAGAACCUGACUACCAAGGUCCUGGCAAUGUAUGUCUGGCUUGAUCUGCACUUGGACUUCCGCUUUGUCCUCAAGGCUGAUGAUGACACCUUUGUACGCCUGGACGUACUCGUGGAAGAGCUGAGGACCAAGGAGCCACGUCGUCUCUACUGGGGCUUCUUUUCUGGCCGUGGUCGAGUGAAGUCGGGUGGCAAAUGGAAAGAGAGCACCUGGCUCCUAUGCGACUACUACCUGCCUUACGCCCUGGGUGGUGGCUAUGUGCUGUCUGCAGACCUGGUGCAUUACCUGCGACUCAGCCAAGACUAUUUCAACAUGUGGCAGAGUGAAGAUGUCUCGCUCGGGGCUUGGCUGGCUCCUGUUGAUGUGAAGAGGGUGCAUGACCCACGUUUUGACACUGAGUACAAGUCACGGGGCUGCAACAAUAAGUAUAUUGUCACUCACAAGCAGAGCAUUGAGGACAUGUUAGAGAAGCAUCAGACUUUGGCCAAAGAAGGGAAGCUCUGCAAGGAGGAGGUUAAGCUCAGGCUAUCCUACAUGUAUGACUGGGGAGUGCCUCCUUCACAGUGUUGCCAAAGGAAAGAUGGCAUCCCCUGAAAGUUUUGGAAAAAGGAAGGGCAAAGUGUCAAAGGAUAACUCUCUGGGCUGGAUCAGUGUCAUAUGGGCACACCCUUGUAUGUAAGGCUUAAAAAUUAUUCUGAGAUUUUGCACGAUUCAUACGUCAAGACUGUGUGCAGGACCAACAUAGCACCAUAAUUCAUAAAAGCUACUGAAACACAAAAUACAGGAAUAAAGGGGGAAGUGAGGGAAAGGUUAUAUGAUGGAAUUUAGUGCAAAGGGGGGAAAAAAGAAAACUUUUUUUUAAAUAACUUGGAUGCAGAGCAGGUUGGAAGAUGUGUCCCAGAUUCCAGAGUUUGUUUGUUGAGAACGUGUCAUGCCUUCACACCAUCCCCAAGAUUGUGAAAAUAAUGUCUACUGUUUAAUUUUUUCAGGGAAAAAGUGUCAUUUUGGCCAACCAUAUUGGCAAGUUUUUAAGACUGUAAUAAAGAGAGAGCAAAUCAGUUGCUAGUGCCAGUGGAAGCAGGUGGCUGGCUAGAACCACUGGCCUGGCAUCUAAAUGAAGGGAAGUGUUGUUGAGAUAUUUGCACUGGUUACUUUAUACUCUCGAUGAGGGGGAGGGUGGUGUGUCCAGUCUUUGGAAAGAGUUCUGAUUUAAUUAUAAUAGGUUUUGGGUAAUAUCCCUGAAUUUAAAUCUUCAAUAAUUUUUUUAAAAUAGUUUAUGAUGUACUAUGUAAUCUGGAUUAUCUGGCAGCUACUAAAUAGGUCUGUAUUUUGAAAAGUGUAUGUGUCAUGCCAUAUUGCAGUAUUAGGGUAGGUUCUCAACUAUCUUGAUUUGGAAGUAGACAUUUAUGCUACAAACCUAGCACUCGGUUAUUGGGAUUAGAAACUGCUCUUGUAUUCUCCAAGUGCAUUGUGUACAAAGAAAUCUUAACUUCCUAAUUUUUACAAAAAAUGAUCCCACUAAGAAGUAUAUGAUCUAAUUAUGCAAACAAUAGGACUACUUACAUCAGUAAGGAUAACCUAUGUGAGUAAGAGUUAGCAGGAUUGGACCUAUAACGUCUCAAAUUGGAAGUACAAAAUUUUAUCAAGUUAUCUGGACUAGAUUUUCAAAAUAAAGCAAUAGAUCUGUUUAAAAAAAAUAAAUCUGAAGAAUUGGCUAUUUUAGUUGCUAAUAUGGUAUGUAAAUGAUUGGGGUUUAUUUUUUCACUUCUCUGUAGUCCUGUCUACACUACAAAUGAAUCCAUUGCUGACAAGGAUUGUUGGGCAUGUUUGGUGUGUAACUGAGGGUAUAAAUGGGCCACUUUUAGCACAGUGACAGAAUGCAUUACACUCUCAAAUAAUUCUAACACAUUUUCUGUGCAGACUUUUAGUUGUGUGACUGAAUAAUCCUGAUAUCCUGUAAUGGUGUUGAAAAUGGUUCCAUCUGUGCACACGGUUACACCUUUGUCCACACUGGUCCAGGGGGACUCCCUUCUGAAAACCCUUGUCAGCAACAGAUCUCUUUUCUAGUAAAGACACAUCAGCUUUAAAGUUGAUGCCUAAAGGGCAUGUUCACACUCUUCAGUCUUUCUUACAGUCUGUUGCACAGUGCACUUUCAUACUAUUAUUAUUUCUUUCUCUCACUGGACGGUACACCUUUCUCUUACCUGUGGAGGGAGACUUCAACUUCAAAUAAUAAGAUUUGGUGCUGACAUCAUAACAUUUUUGCUUUUCAGACCCAACUUAGUAAUUUAUUCCAAAGGAAUCAAGUGUAUUUAUUUUCUCGUCAUUAAAAUGCACUUCUUCUAUCUAGUUUUAAACAAUUUCUUGAGAGAAUUAAGUGGAAAAAAACUCUUUUUGGAAAGGAAAACAACUCCUUAUUUACAUUAAGUAUUUCAACAAUACAUUCUGUAACUUUCCUUCUAAAAACAAAAUUAGCUAAUGAAGACAUCGAAAAAGUAACUUAUUUAAUCUGAUGCAUCCAGUCUUUUGUACUUGGACAUAGUGACACUUACUGCAGAUGUGCCCUUCAGUGGAAUAUAUUCCUGCAGAACAAAAAGUUUAAGACUUCACCUGGUUGCAAGACAUUAAAUUGGUUUCAGUAAUCCUUUUAAAGUCUGUAUGUCUCUUUGGUCUUUGGGCUAAGUUAGUAUUGUACACACAUAGUUCAGUGUUUGUAAUUGUGAUAAUUUAUUUAUAAAUAUUGUAAAUGUACUAUUAUUGUUAAAAGUUUAAGAUAGCUAAGUAUCAUCUUAUUUUAUAAUUAUUUAAGAAAGUGUGUUAAGUUUCACAAGUAUUAUUUGUGAAAUGCUUUAAUUUAUUGAUGUACAGUUCCUAAUUUAAAUAGGGUCUGAGUUGUAGAUCCAAAAAUCUGCUGCAUGACUCUCUUAACCUGGUAAGAAUGUACUAAUCACCCAUUUGUCUAAAUAUCAAUGUUUAUGUAAGUCACGGGCAUUGUUGCUUCUUUGUUGUUUUGUUCUGUUUUUUUUUUUUUUUUGAAAGGUUCUCUUUUCGGAGCUUUCAUGUGAGGAUGAGAAUUUGAGGUUCAGAAGAAUGGAAAAUUAAUUGUCAAAUCCCAUGUGACAUCUGGCUGGAAGAAAACAUACAAAUGCGCGCACACACACUGAUGGUUAAUUUUUUUGUAGAAUGCUGAGUUCUUGCUAUGCCCCUGAGUUCCAAGAAUAUUGAGCUUCAUCCUACAAAGUACUUACUUAAACAUAUGAGUAGUCCUCUUGAUUUCAUUGGGACUAUUCACAUACUUAAAUUAAAAUCAAGACCAGAGUGCCCAGCACCUUGAAGAAUUAAGUCCAUAAAUUAUUGUGGUAAAUAUAGUUCUAUUUGAAAUCUAACAACAAAUUUGAGUAACAAAGUCCUUCUGGUCUAGAAUUACCUAUGUUUUGCCUCUCAGUUCAAAAAUUAAUUGUUUUGGAAGGUAUGACUUAUGUAAGUUGAUCCAUUUUUUUAUGUUUCUGGAAUAUAGAAAAAACAUUUUCCCAUAUGUUCUGAUCAGAAUAUUUAUGCUUGAAAAACUCUCAAGUGCCUCAAGAUAAAAGAAAUUCAAACCUGUCUGACUUCGUAGAUCUGAUUGACACUUUAAAAAUUCCAAAGUUGAAUUUUUAAUGACUGCUAUUUUGCAUGUUGGAUGCUCAGUCGAACUGGCAAAGUUUGCAAGAUCUGCAAGCCAAAUAAAUUGCAGUUCAGUGAGUUUAAAAAGUCUUUUAAGGUUGGUUCUGUUAGUCACUGGGGCAGAGAGUCUGCUGAGUUAAUCAGCAAAGAGAACUGGUGACCCGGAAGUCAUUAUUAUAAAUCCAGGAUCAUUAUCAGCUUCACAAGCCAAAUAACUCAAGAGUUGUAUUUCUUUAAUUAGAAAGUCACAUGUAAAAAGCCUUCUGUUAAUGCAAUGUUAAGGUUAAAUAUCAAGUAACUUUACACAGGCGAUGUUUUAUAUUGCUUGACUCUCAAGUGCUUGAUAUUUCAACCCUAACUGUUGCAUUAAAAUGUUUUGUUUGCAUUUAAUUAUGAACCUAUAUUUUAAAAUUUGCAUUUAAGAUCCCAGAUCCAGAACAGCACAUGCAUGCGCACACGUGCGCACACACACACACGUAUAUAAAAUAUAGGGUUAAACGACAAAUAUAUUUUAAAACAAAAGAGCUGAAAAUCAUUUUUCUGACCUUAUGACUGAAUUCUGUAUUUCUUUUACAAGGGAUGUUGACAUCAGAGAAAUUUAAUGCAGUAUAAGGAUUUCAUGGUUUAGGUGAUUAGACGUCCUGUACUGCUGUUUGAAAAACAAGUGAAAACCUGGCCCUGUUGAAGCUAAUGGGAAAGUCCAUUGUCUUCAUGGGGGCCAGGAUUUCACCCAGAGUGCCUAACCUCUGCUCCUAACAAGUAAAAAGUAUUUUGGCCUUUCCUUAAAGAUCCUCGUAUUGAAGUUAGUGGGAGUUUUGCCACUGAUUUCAAUAGAAGCAAGAUCAGGCCCAAAAUAUAUUCAUUUGUAAUUUUUCACGUCUGUGUUAAAUUAAUUAUAUGGAAUCAAACUUUUAUUUAAAUAGCAUUUCAGUUGACUUCUAAGGGAGUUCCUCAUUUAAAAAAAAAAAAAAAAAAAGUCAGCCAUUUAUACUUGUUACUAUUAUGGUGUUGCAGAAAAUGUCCAUAGGACUCUUCCCUGGAAGACAAGAGGAAGAUGGCUCACCUCAGUUGACCUAAACAGUAUUCUAAAUAGCAGUUGAUGUGGGCUGCAAGUCACUGUUUAUUUGAAAUAUUAUAUUAAUAUUACACUUAUGUUCUUUGCAGGGCUAUAGUAAAACUAUGCUGUUUGACAGAACAUUAAAAACAUUUUUAACUUUUUAUUUUUUUUUGUUAUUCACUGGAUGAUUUCUUUAAUAGUUUAAUAGUUUUCAAAUUGUACAUAUAGAAUUGUCUGUCAUCCAUGUUAGAAGUUGCAUGCCUUAAAUUAGGUCCUUUAUAAAAUCCUAUUACCACGAUAGUGUUUCAAGUACAAGACCGAAAGAUUUUGGUGCACCUAUUGAAUUCCUCUUAAAAUGGUCACUCUGAUGUAAAUUCAAAUAGAAAAACAGAAAUUUUGCUUUCCUUUGGGUGAUUUUUAAAAUGGCAUGCAGAAUGAUUUGUGAUCUUGUUUAAUGUGUAAAAGUGAGCUAGCUGAGUCUUAUAUUAAAAAUUUAACAAAUCAAUUAAAAAUAGUUUUGCUAUUUUAAAAAACAUAUUGCCCUUUCAGUAAGGGCCUGCAUCUAGAAGUCAGUUACCUAUUUACCUAAACUAAAUACUCUUCUUGGAGUUGCAAGAAACCGCUACCAGGAAAAACAAAUUUCCCUGCUGUCUAAUCUUGUCCAUAUAAAGAAUGCAGAAGUUCAGCAUUAAAAUUUGCUAUUUGUGGCAGAUAUUACAUUUUAUAUACUUACAUCAGUUAAUUUUGGCCUUUGAACUACUGGAGGAACUAUUUCAUGCCACAGCUGCGUUAGCCUUAAUGCCAGGAAAAAGAAAUUAUUAAGAAAAACAUUAGGGGUAUUGAAAGGUGGUUAUGCUUUGCUCUUCUAUGAAUUUCCGAUCAACUCCAGAAUCAUAGCUGAAGUAGAAUUUAAUGUUGCUGUAUACUUGACAUAAGCUGUCAAUAGAGCAUAUAUAGAAAUGGUUAUUUUGGAUGUGCUAUCUAGAGUAUUCCUGCAGGUGUUCCUUCAUAUACCUCUGUGAAAUAUCUUAAAACUAUUUCAUUCCUGAUAUGCUACUUUGCUAGUUAAUUCUUAUCUUCUAAUACAGACCACCCUCCGUUUUUAUCCAAUAUCUAGUCAGCUGUGGGGUGUAUUAAUUUACUUACUGGACCUUCUUGAAGCUGGAAGUUGCUGGUUAUAAAGUGUGCCUUUAGAAACAAUACAAUAGUUGAGGUUUUGUGCCCAGUGUAGUCACCCAUUUUCAGCUAUGCAGCAUUGCCAGUUGGAGGUCACAGUUGUCUGUUCUUUCAGCCUUUGUAUAGAGAAGAAUGGUAAGAAACUAAAAGUACUCGUGAUAAGAAGCAUCUUGUAUACUGCAUGUUAUAGCUAUCCAUCUCCUUAGUUUUAUGCCUUUAUUGGCCAAAAAAUGUCUCUGUGCUAGAACUUUUAUUAAAAUUACUGUUGCUGUCAUGGUCACUUCUUGUAUAGUAUGGAAAAAAGUCAACUUCAAUAUGAACUUUGGUUAUAUUUAAUUUUUUUCUAUACCGUUGCGUAGUAGAGGUAUAGGCAGUUGGCCCAAUCGUACAGUCCUUGCAUGUGCAACAUUUCCAUAAAUUAUGUAAUGUUCCCAUCAUGCCCAGAAUCCCAAAUCAGCAUGCAGGCUCCAUUUAUUAAACACAAUGCAAACAAGUCCAAAACGUGUCUCAGCGCUUACAUCAACAUUCUUCCUAGGUUGUCUCUUUUUCUGCCUUAGCUCUGCAAGAUCAGGUCCAAUGAUAUGGACACAUUUAUACAAUAAAUAAUGUACAGAAUACACAGAAACUAGUAUUUGGGCAAAUGCUGCACAUAUUUACCUUCAUUUCUAAUUGUUAGCAGGUAUGAAAGGGUUUGAUCCCAGUACAAUGAAGUAAGUAGAAUGACUCCCAUUGAUUUAAAUGGGCUUGGGGUCCUACCCUAACUUCUCAAAAACCAUUCCAUGUCUAAUCUGAUAUACAAAUCCUAUAGACAGUGGGUUUUAAAAAUUCUGGCAAAACAUAAGACACUUCACUUUAAUAUCUGCAGGUGAUUUUCAGAUGUCAGUAGAAUAAUUUGUUCAACUGAAAGCACAUUUUCAAAACAUCUCUCCUGUUUGCUGAGUUCUGCUCCUACUGGAAAAGUGUCUAUAUUCUUACCCAUCUUCUCUCUUACUGCUAAAUUGGCAUUGAAAGAAACAGAUCAGAAAACUAGCACUGACAGAGUCUUGUCUUUAUUAGAAUAAUCCUAUGUGUUCGACAUUUUACAAAUGAAUUAGUUACAGGUCCAAAAUGAAUUUGAGUUAGAAGCGGUUAUUUCUUCCAACUAUAUACAAAUUUUAUAUUUUGGUUGUGAAAGGUUACCGGUUUUCAUUGGCAGCUCUGUGGUCACCUGUUUGUUCUUUCCUGUCAAGGAAAAACUUUCAUACAUGCUACCUGGAGUACCAAUACUUAAUGUCUCCUCUUUACAAUUUUAAUCUUCCUAUAAAAAGAAUGCAGUUAUUCCUGGUAUACAGCAUUUGGAAAGAUUUAGCAAAUUUAAGGCAUCACUAGCCAUAUUGGUUGAUUUCUAGUGUGGUAUAAAAAGAACAGCUCUGACCUAACUAUGAAUAGCUCUGACCUAAUUAGAAGAGAUGACUCAGAUACUCAGCACAGUGUGACACCUGUAUUAAGUAUAUUACUGCAUUUGCUGAUGUACAAUCCUGGGGAAGUAGUGAUUUGAUAGAUAAAGACUGUGCUGCUGAAAUAGCGGCAAAGAGUCCUGUGGCACCUUACAGACUAACAGACAUAUUCGAGCAUAAGCUUUCGCGGGUGAAUGCCCACUUCGUCGGAUACAGGGUAUUCCCCCACGAAAGCUUAUGCUCCAUAUGUCUGUUAGUCUAUAAGGUGCCACAGGACUCUUAGUCUGGAUCUGUAAAAGCGGCAAACACGGCUACCCUUCUGAUACUUGCUUCUGAAAUGCGUACAUUAAUCAUUUAUAAUUACUUCUGUGCUUGGGAUCUGACAAACCUGUGUUACCACAUUAAUGACAGCCAAAGCUAAAGUUAAGAUUGCAGUGUGACAUCCCUUUAUAACACACUGCUGUCACUCAUGCCUUAUUUCAGUAUGUAGUUUCAGCCCCUUUUUAUGUAAGUUAAGAAAUCAACUGAACUCUAAAAUGACAAUAUCCUAUGUGGCUAAAGCGCAAGAAAAAUGGUUAUGCAAGUUGUUAAAAAAUGACAAAAUUGUGUGAUGACACAAUGUGAGCCAAUCAAUCUUGCUAUACAAACCUUAACAUGUUCAUUAUGUAACUUUUGUGCUUAAGGCUUUGAGCCAGAAAAGCAUUUAAGCAUGUUUAAAUUUAGACACAUAAGUAGUCCCUUUGACUUCAUUGAGAUUACUCAGGUGCUUAAGUGCUUUGCUGGAUCAGGGUCUAAAUUUGCAGAUUUAAUAUUAUAUUAAUGUAGGAUUUUACUUUUUGUUUAAUAAAUAUCUGCAAGAGCAAAUUUAGACUGGAAUAGAGGUUUCACUGGCCAUCUGGCUCCCUAUCCCAUGGAAUCGGGGCACUAGGUCAACAGAGGCUUCUCCAGACCUGAGGAGGAAGUAGCUCUGUUGCUUGGGAAGGAGGAUUCUUUGAAUGAUGUGUUGUGACGUUCUUUAAGAAUUUAAAGGUUGCUACCUGCCCAGUUUUCUGGGGUGGUCUUAAACUGAGGACCAGUUUAAAUACUAGUAACACUCUUGUCACACCUGCUUGUGUGUAGCAUGCAAGCUACAUUCAAUGCAGUGGAAAGCAGGGCAGACUUUCAACACUUAAGUUGUAUUUUGGUGGGUUUUUUUCUUAAACACCAGAAGAAGCGGAAGCAGACUUUGCUAAAGGACACCUACCAUAACUGUUUUGAGCAUGUUUGGCUUGUUCAUCUUAACUUAGCAAAUCUACAUGUUUGUUCUCAUGUCCUUGUAAUUCAGCUACUCCAUCAAUUGCCUUACCAGUCAGUUAAAUUCUCAGGGCUGGCUUGGAAUUUUUUUUCAUGCUCUAAAUUCUGAUUUCAGAAAUGUCAGAUCUGUCAAGAUGUUAAUUAGAUUAUUUUAGGAUAAAUGUACAAGAAAAAACAGGUGUAUUAGUAAUGCCCUAAGGCAUGUUAUCACAGUUGUUGUACAUCCUGACCUACAGCAAUAGUGUUUCAGUGGUGCACUUCAUUAAAGUGCAGUUACUGAUGUGCAGUGAUGCACACCACAUGGGGCUGUGAUUAGCAUCUGGCCCUCUGCAUUUAUCCUGUAAUUUAUAGUAUAUUAAUAUAAUACCUUUGGGGGUUUGAUCCUCUACCAUUAGUCAAUGGGAGGUCUGCCAUUGCCUUUAAUGGGAAUUCCAGAUGCUAAGGAAUUCGGAUAAUCAGGCCAUAACUAACUUGUCACAAUUGAAAUGCAAUUUUUAUUUAUUUUUUUGGUCUGGCAUGCCUGCCAGUUUUUACCUCAUAUUCACACUUGUAUUUAUCUUUCUCCAACUAAUGGGGAAAAAAUCUUCAGGGAAAAGAAAUCCAUUAAACGUUCAAUUCUGCAUUACGUCAAGGAAAAUAGCUGGCACCAAACUGAACUGUGAAGUGGGAUUGCAGUUUUGGGAUCCUGAUAAUACAAAGUCAAGCCAUGUGCUUAAUGGUCUUGGUUUGUCUUUAAUCUCUCAAAUGUGGCAGCUCAUUGUAGAGAAUGGUUGAAAGCAAUAGUGCCAGUAAAUAAUUUAAUGGCAAACGUUUAUGAUAAUUCCUCUGGGAAAUGCCCAUCUCCAGUAGAAUAGGCUGCCCACUUGUAAGAAGUUUCUCCUUCAGAUCUCUUGAAUGCCAUCAUGACCAUACAGAACCCCCCAAUAUGCGUGCUGGGCAUGUAAAAGGAACCGAAAAAGCCUGCACCAAUUUAAGGUGGCCCUGCAUUACGUGAUCAUAACUAUGACCCCAAUCCUGCAAUCUGAUCCUGUCAAGCUGGGUCUCUUGCACCAAAGUGGAGCCCCAUUGGCUCUACUGAGACUCUGACAACCAGGGCUCAUCCGUGGAGAGCAAGUUGCUGGAUCAGGCCUUACUGUCAUAUAAACCAACGCUCUGUCCGUUGUGUUUUCAUGAACUGAAGUUGCCCUUAAGCACAUGCUGCAAAACCGAUCUCUUUUCUCCAGCUUUUAGAGAGUGAGGACAACUUUGAUUGUGGUGGGAGACGGGGAGACUUUCGGUUUGUAUUGCCUGGCUUUGCUGGUUAACUGUUGGAUGGGAAUGCUGGAGUUGUAAUAAGGGAGCUGUUUGAAUAUUUGUACUAUAUUAUGCCAUGGGCACCUACAACAAGCUAUUGAAUUUUGUACUGAUAACAUAAAUCUGUAUGUUUUGCCUACUGGCUGUGCUUGGAGCUGAGGGCAUCUAGUAAAAGGCCAUCACUAAACCUGCUUUCACUGCAUUAAUGUGCAUUUGCUUUAGGGGGGACUUUGCCUGCAGCCUGAAUUGAGCCCUGUAUUUGUGAAUAGGCAAAGAGGUGUUUGUUUGCAUUUGGCCUUAUAAGUGUUGGAUGAAUUGUUAAUGCGAAUACAUGAAAAUUAAUUAGGGCUGGGCUUUUCAAAGGCAUCUAUCUCAUUGUUUCUCAAUCUUUUUGAUACCAGGCACCGGCUUGCUGCCUUCCUAAACUGUGUCAGGGACAUCUCAGGGACCAGCACCAGUCCAUGGACCGUUCAUUGAGAAAUACUUAUCUGUGGGAACUGGACACCUGGUUUCUAUAGACUUUCAGUGGGAAUUGUGUGCCUAAUUGCUUCCAGCCCUUUUGAAAACUAUAGCUUUGUUCUGUGGCUACUGUAGUGCGGAACACAUGGUCAUGCCAAUACAUCAGAUCUGGCCCAAGGGCUAAAUGUUUGGCACCCUAUCUCUACAGCCCAUGCCUUGUUCUCUGUCCACAACAAAUCACAGACAAGCAAGAGUUGUUCUCUACUGCGAUUUGUGCAAAACCCAAAUGACCACAGGGAAUGCUGCAAAGCCAGGAAGAAAGUAAACUUCCAUGAAAAAUUCUGCUCAACAGACAACAGCUAUAAGUGAUGGAAGAUCACUGCUAAUGUUGUGUAAAGCAGCCUGAACAAGAAAAUAAAAUGUGGAGGGGAGGGGAUGUAUGCUUUUAUGCAUCUUGCUGUUGCAUUGCACAGGAAAGUGGUUAUGGGAAGAUGUAUCCUGUGGUGCACUCUCUCUUUAUGGCAUGCAACAUACCCACAGUGUGGCAGGUGGCAAUAUACAUACUAGCUUUAGAGCCAUAAAGCAAGUGAUGUGCACUUAGGUAAUUAUUUCCUUUCAUGUCUUUGGAGCAAUUGAUUGUAGGGCUGUACUGCAGUUAAAAAGACCUUGCAUUCAAAAUGCAUUUCAUAAAAAGAGGAAAGAUUAUUCUUUGGUGAAUGAAAGCAGUAGCAGACGUUGGGGCAUUGCUGGCUGGCUUUCAAUUAGAGGAGAAAUUAGUGAUGGAGAGUCUAGGUAUAUUCUUAAUUCAACUUGUUUAUUUACACUAUACAAACCAGUCCUGGAACGGAGAUGGUCAAACAGCAUGGAGGUAAUCUCCUUUUAUAAGUUUCAGAGUAGCAGCCGUGUUAGUCUGUAUCCGCAAAAAGAAAAGGAGUACUUGUGGCACCUAAGAGACUAACAAAUUUAAAAUUAGUCUCUAAGGUGCCACAAAUACUCCUUUUCUCCUUUUAUAAGAAUCUCAGUUAAAAUAUUAAUCCCUGGUUCCCAGGGAGCAACUCUAUCAGUAUAUAAAUUGACCUGUUUAAUAUCAAGUAGCAAUGCUACAUAGUCAACUAGUCACAAAGGAACGUUGUGGGUUAUUGGAUGUUUGGUAGAAUAAAGCUAUCCUGCCAGAGAGGACAGUUAGAGCACAGGUGUAGAUGACUCCUGGCUCCUAUCCUUGAUUAUGCAUGUGCCUUGCUCUGUGGCCUUGAGAAGAUCACUUAGGUUUAAAUUUUCAAUUUUUGGGGACUCAUUUUUUGAGUGCCCAAUUUGAGACACCCUGGCUCUGGCAUUGCAUGGUGCUGCUGACCCCAAUUUAAGUCAAUAGGAGCUGCAUAUGCUCAGAAUCUCUGCAAAUCAGGCCCAAAGUGUCAAUUUGGGCACUCAGAAUUAGUAGGCAUUCUACAAAAAUUAGGCCUUACCUUUCUGUGUUUGAUUCUCUCUUUGUAAAAUGGGUAUCAUAAAACUUAUCACCGAGGAGUAAUGUUGAGCUUAAUUUAUAUUUGUAAAGCACUUUGCAAUUAUCAGAUUAUGAACACAAUCUAUUAUUUCACUAGCAUGAAGUCAAAUAAUCUCUCAUUUGUUGGCUAUAAAUACAGUGGAGUAUUUAAACUUUAAUAACACAUUUAACCUGAUUGCUCACCCAUUCUCAUUAACACCGCUAGAUUAUGUUAUGCAGAGUAGGGAAUGAAGAAAAAUAAAUCAAGAAAUCCAUUAUUAUUUUUAUCCAGGGCAGCAAUUAUGUGCUGGAAAACUCUCCAAUUAUUCGUUUCAAUUGGUUACUUUCAUGUAGCUUGCCAUGUUGCAAGUUCAAAGACAUGAAAGAGCAGAAUGUUAGUAGUAGUUUGUCCAAGGAUCAUAAGCAUUUGUAUAUUAUAUGGCUUGGAAAAAUGAUUUGGAAACUAAAAUGCAACAUGUUCCGAACUCUAAUGAACUUUGAAAAUUAUAGACAGGGAUCCUGACUGCAGCAGAAGAAUUGACCCAAACUCACCUAAAAUUGGAAGCAACCCUGAACUGAAUCUGUUUUUUGAAGUCUGCAAAAAGCCCAGUGAAUUUUCUCCGUGUUAUUUUUCAUCUUGAAGCCUGGAGUCUUUGUUUUAGGACCCUUUCUAAUUCCUGGAAAUGGAAAUGGUCCUUUGACUUAAAUGGGAGUUGGAUCAGGGGUUUGCUAGUUCUGACCAGGAAUAGAAGUAGAAGUGUCUUGAAAACAGGCUCGUUUUACAAAAGUUGCAUUUCAAUAUGCAGGCCCAAGAGGUUUGCAUAGUCCAGACUGAUACUCAGAUUUUGGAGGAUUCAUCCAAUUCAAUCCUCAGAACCUUUUGUUGUUCACACAAUAAAAUCUUGCCUCAACUGAA